AUGACAAUUAUUGAUUCAAUUACAAAGUUUGGUAAUAGUUUAAACAUGUCAAAUGAUUCUUCAAUUUCAAAUUCAGGAUCAAAUGGCACUGAUUUCUCUGAUAAUCAAAUAAGUCACUGUGGAGGACCACCACCAAGAACAACAUGGGGAAAAGGAGGUUGCCAUCCAAAUCCAGUUUGUCAUCCACCACCACCACCAUGUCAUCAACGUCCACCAUGUAGAAAAUUUUAA